AUGCCUACCCAUUUGAGCAAAACCCGCAAGCACCGCGGUCAUGUUUCCGCCGGUAAAGGUCGUGUAGGAAAGCACCGCAAGCAUCCAGGUGGUCGUGGUCUUGCUGGUGGUCAACAUCACCACCGAACCAACAUGGAUAAGUACCAUCCAGGUUACUUCGGAAAGGUCGGUAUGAGAUACUUCCACAAGCAAGGCAACCACUUCUGGAAGCCAGUUGUCAACCUUGACAAGCUUUGGUCCCUCGUCCCAGCCGAGAAGCGUGAUGAAUAUCUUUCUGGCGAAAAGAAAGACACCGUCCCAGUCCUCGACCUCCUCCCACUCGGCUACUCAAAAGUUCUCGGAAAGGGUAGAAUCCCAGAAAUACCAUUGGUUGUACGCGCAAGAUGGUUCAGCAAGGAGGCAGAGAGAAAGAUUACAGAGGCUGGAGGAGUUGUUGAAUUGGUUGCAUAA